AUGAUUGAACCAAAUGACCGCCAAUUGGAGGACCGGUACCUCGGCCACCCUAAUGUCAGGAAUUUUGAAGCUGGCGACGUGGGUGUACAUGGGCUGGAGGCGAACCUCGAUAACAAGAAGCAUGUGUUCCCCUGGAACAGGUUGAGAGGCUUUGUGAUAGGGUUGAAAGUCGGUGGAGUGGCGCCCGAGUGGUUCAUUGACCACAUCAAACUCGAAGGUAUCACUGCUCAAGGUGAGAAAAUAUCCCUGUACAACGAAUACUACCGGAAAUGGCAUGGAGGAGGAACAACGACCGAGUUGCUGGUCAAACGUCCGCCAGUUGAGAAGACUCCACCGACGGCCAAGAAAAGCAGAGAUACCGCAGAUUUACUAGCGAGAGAUCUGCUGAUCGAGCAUCUGGAGCGACAUCGCCAUCAUUAUAAUCGGUGCCUGUGGUUAGCCGAAGACCCGAACGCUACAAUAGCGUGGCUGGAGGACAAGACAGUGCACGGGCAGUCGGUUCUUGACAGGAUUCAGGACAGGGCCAUGGAGGUUUCAGGUCGUUGGGCAGCCUUCCCACUGCUCGAGUCUGAUGAGUUCGCGAGGGCGAUACGCUCCUACCAGCAGCAGGGUUAUUCUUCUGCUUACCUGGAGCAGUUGGUUUCAUUACCCACGCGGGGCCUAUUCGCGGAAGCCAAGCUGGGCCACUGCAAUGUGACUGAGGUCAUCGACGAUACUCGGUUUUGGAAAUGGCAUGAAGCUCCCAUACCUCACCAAGCACCAGACAUCACUGGAGCCGACGCCGGCGCUAGAUAUCAAGCACCAGUUGGUACAGAUCCGACGCCAUUGCCUCAAAACGUGGUAAACGUCGUUUCUCCCCAGCACCUACCAGACCCCACAGCCCUCGUGGAAGCCCUCAAAGUUACCGGCACUCCGAGAUUUUUCGAGUUUCGUCGGGCAUUCAACAAGCGGCUUCACUCCUAA